CUCACCACCACUUUCCACGUCCGUCUGUCUCAUUGCGCCUGACAACACUCAACCCUCGAAACAGGCCAAGCCAAGUACCUCGAAUCCAUCGACACUCACUCGAAGCAAGACAUCAUUCACUAUGGCGCCCACCGCACCGACGAAAACGCUCUCGGCGCGCGAGAAGCGCAUGGCCCGGAUCCGCGGCGACAUCCACCCACUCGCGCCGCACAAGACGCUCCGGCCCGAGGCCAAGGUCGACGACAGCUUCCUGACGAACAAGAAGGACAAGCGCACCAUGAAGCACAGCGCCUUCGUCUCCAAGGUGGAGAAGGCCAACAAGAAGCCGCUCAAGCGCCGCCGCCCGAACAAGAAGCUCGUGACGACCAUGGAGUCGCUCGCCGAUGCGCUGCCGGACCUCGACGAGGGCGCGCCGACACUGGAGCAGCUGCGCGAGGGCAAGGUGCGCCACAAGAGUCUGAAGAGCCGGCCCGGCGCGCUGAAGCGCAAGGAGAAGGUCGUGCGGGGCGAGAUGCAGCGCUUCGGGGCCAGCAUGGCCGCCUUGGCUUCCGUGCCUGCUGCUCCUGCGCCGGUGGUGCCGGUGGCGCCUGCGGGUGCGAUGGCGGUAGAGGGCUCCGCGGAGCCCGAUGCGGCGCCCGAUGCGACGUCGAGCCGUUGGGCUGCGCUGAGAAGACACAUCUCGAGCACCAUGGAGCAGAACCCAGCCUUUAGCAAAUAAGGUACAGCC